CUCUCUCUCAAGUGAACUGUGCGGCGAUCAUGGGCCGACAUCCUAUUGUCAAGUGGGCGCAGCGGCCUGAUACGCUUUACAUCACUAUUGACUUGCCUGAUGCCCAGGAUGUAAAGCUCAAGCUGGGUCCUGAGGGAAAGUUUCUAUUUUCUGCUACUACUGGAAAAGAAAAGACACCUUAUGAAGUUGACCUUGAUCUCUAUGACAAGAUUGAUGAGAGUAAGGCUAGUAUUGGCUUGAGGAAUAUCUGUUACCUAGUAAAAAAAGCUGAAAGUAAAUGGUGGAGCAGGUUGAUAAAGCAAGAAGGAAAAGCUCCUGUGUUCUUGAAGGUUGAUUGGGAUAAAUGGGUGGAUGAGGAUGAGGAGUCGGAUGCCCAAGGACCUGGAAAUGACAUGGACUUCGGCGACUUAGAUUUUUCUAAGCUGAGUAUGGGUGGUGGGGGCGAUGCUCUUGACGAUGAAUUUGACGAUAGCAGUGACACUGAAGAUGAAAACGUUGAAGCACCAUCUACCACUGCAGAAUCUGAUACCAAGCUUCCUGCAAGUGUGGAGGAUGAAGCAAAGCCUUCAGUCUGAUGAGAAAGCUUUCAACUGGUGUGGUGUGUGUUUAGAUGCUCAGCCUGUUUGACAUGUCUUAGUUUAAGCACAUAAUGAAAUAGGAGUGUAAGGUUCUCUUCGUUUUUGGUUUUGUUAUCCUUAGAGUCGAGGUUCUCUUUUACAUGAUGUGGUACUUUUUUUUUUUUUUUGAAUAAUGAUGUGGUACUUAUAUGAUGGUGGUUGUUUCUAUUCUUUGUACUGCAUUGGAGCUGAAGUCUUUUCCCAUCUGCGUUGCAUUGUCCAACUUUCUGUGUCAAUAUAGCAUCAAAUCUCGGUCUUUAGCUUGAUCGACGAGGAAUAAGCAGUUUGGAACCAUAAAUACAUAUCUUAUCACCAUGAAGACUUGAGCGAUCUUCUAAUCUUGCUAUGUAUUUUAGUGUUAAUAACAUGUUAAUAGGUUCCUUAUUUAGUUAUGCCAGUUGUGUUUG